AUUUGUGUACACAAAACCUGACAACAUGGCCGAAUCUUCGACACGAGUUCGGGAGCUCGAACAGUCUCUGUGUAAGCAGACCAAGAAGUCGGCCAUUGACCAAACCGAGCAGCCAUCCAGUGACCAGACAGCCAAUGACCCGACCAAGCAGCCAGCCAGUGACCAGACAGAGCACAUAGCCAGUGACCAGAUGACUUCAUUCAGGGAGCUUGAGCAGUCUCUGUGGAAUUGGACUGAGCAGUCAUCCAGCAACCAGUCAGAGCAGUCAGUCAGAAACCAGACAGAGCAUUCUGAUAGUGACCAACUCGAGCAGUUGGCGAGCAAGCAGACCAAGCAGUCAGCCAGUAACUAUGUCGAGAUGUUACCCAGUGAUGAAACUGUAAAGAAGUUCAAUGAUGUGACCAGACAACCACCAAGCUCCAAUACUGAACAGAUAAUCAGGAUUUGUGCUGGAGAUUACAUAUUGAUCAAACAUGGUAGAAGUUUUCUUCCUGGUGUAGUGGAUGAAUGGCCGUGGGUCAUAUUCUUCAAGAAAUAUAAAGAUAAUGCAUGGGUUAUGAAUGAAAUAAGGCAUACCAUCCUUGAAUCAGAUAUCCAGAGAAAGUUGGAACCACCUAAAGUGUCCAAGCUAGGUCGUCGGCUACUUUACAGAUUUGAAAGUUACAAGGAAGACAAGUGAAGCAGAGAGAGAGGGAGAAAUACCAUGUUUGCAGUUUAGAGUUUGCUGUUGUUUUAGUCUGUGAAAAUCUCAGAAUAAAUAAUAUGUUAAUUAC